GUAAUACAUGUGCAUAUAUUUUGAACAUCCUUGACAGGUGUAAAUAGUCAGUAUAUUGAAAUGUCUGUGGCUUAAACCUUGAUCCGUUUUCAUCAAAUUGUGCAAAUUACAAUAUGAUCGUGUAUACGUUUGCUACUUCUGAAGGCAUAUUCGAUUAUUCGCGAAAGAAACAGCGUGGAUCAUACUAAAUGUGUUCUAAUUACCACUGUCAAACAAAUCUGGCCAGUAAAGCAGAGUAGUUGAGAGAAAGAGGAGCUUUAUGUCUGCUGGACGAUCGACAAAAACCGAGCAAUUUGGAGGUAGAGUCCAUGGCCUUCGUCAGAUAUAUAAACGUAUUGAAGAGAAGACGUACCCAUUACCUUCUUCAUAUGAUGUGACCAAUUACCUCAAGUAUUUUCACCAAAUAUUACUUGGUUUAGUGAAGGAAACAGCCCCAGAAAUAUCCGAGGAUGGAAGUUCAUUUGAUCAUGAAGAUAUUGUUAAUUUGGACUACACAGGAUUGUUUACAACGCUUUUUGAUUUAAUUCAUGUGAUAGACCAUGUUGGCGAGGGACAUGAAGAUUGUGGCCUCACAAUUCUUCAUAUUAUGGUGGCCCUUGUACCAUUCCUGCCAGCGAACUGGCUUAAUGACCUUCCAAUUACCUUGACAACAAUCAUGGUGAAAAUUAACAGCAGUCUCCAUGGUUAUAUCAUGAAUGUUUUGUGUGGUUAUCUUCUGCCUUUGCUGUUGGGUAAUUUUUCAAGUGGCGAGAAUAGUGACAGUUAUUUUGCACUGUCAUGUUCAUCCUUGAUUAUGUCUGUGUUACUGUACUGCAACGAUCCCAAAGAACAUGCAAAGUUCCUUGAAACUAUGAUGCGCUUCAAAAAGAAUGUCUGUCUUGAUCUGCUUGCUGUCAUGGCGUACGGUCCAACCGAAGUUCUCCAACCUUCUGUUCAGCUUUUAUUCCAUUACUAUCCAUCCAUUGAUGUUGCGUACAUAUUCUUUUCGUUUGCUGGUGCCAUGGAUGAUAGUCAGUUUUACUAUGACGAAUGGAACGACAGUCAAUGUAAUUGUCCGGGAUGUGAUGGCACUACAACUAAACUCUGUAUUGACGCUCAGUUUGCAUCCAGUCAUUGUGGUAUUGAACCCCCCGUAUUCGUUUGUGAUAAUUGCGCGAGUGACGUGAGAGCGGAGUUCCUACUCGAUAUCGUUCAGCCAAUAGGAGAAGUGGCUGCAUCUUGUGAGAAUAAGCCUUGUAAAGGCGAUGACAGGACGGCGAAGUAUACUUGCUUUUCCGAAAAUUGCAUUAAGAAACAAAGGUACCGACCACUGGCCCAGUGCCGCAUCUGUACACGUAUCAACCACGACGAAGGCGAAGGUCAAGAUCACGUGGUGCAAGGGGCGUUACCCGACCCUUGGUGUGACGAGGGUAUUGAACAAACUUAUCUAGUGGAUGCGAUUGUGAGAUUAUUGCAACAAGCUCCUCCAGAUCAAACAACGAGGUUGAGGAAAAUUGGAUAUGAUAUUGAACCAGAUUUUGUUGAAGUUGUCAACCAAGAUGAAAACCUCGACGUGUCUGAAGAAGAUUUAAAUCGUGGUUUGCUGCUAAGUCGUUUCGGUGUAUGGAUUUUAGCAUCGCAAUGCCGAACAGUAUCGUUGUGCAAGAGCGAUGAACGAUUAGGGUAUCUAAUCUCUGUAGUUUUAGAUUGGAUGACGGCAACUGCUGCCAUUUCUGACAAAGGAGUGCGGGCGAAGAUUGAAACUUUAAAAAAAGAAUAUAUAAGUAACUGGAUUAAUGUUGUUAAAAAAGCAAAUCUGGACUUGUAUUGUACGUGCUUGUUACCAGACCCUCCGGCGUAUGUACAAAUGCAAGGAACGUCGGAUAUGUUGGCUGAUAGGAUCAGGUUGCUAAAGGAAGGAUUGUAUAGGAUAUGUUGUCUGAUUCCGUAUAACUUGGUGCCGCAAGAGGUCUGGGAGCGUAUCAUGCCAGAGUGGAUGAACGCAAUCCGAAGUAAUGUACCUCCGGAACGACUCCGUGAAUUUAAGAGCUUGCUGAGUGAUAUGUUUGAUCCUGUUGUAUCACCGUUCAAAGUACCCAUGGAUGCAGUUAUGGCAUUUAUCAAAAAUGGGUUUGAAUCUGGUUCAGAAAGCUUGCAAAGGCAAACACUUACAUGGUUGCAGAUUCUAUCAGAACUGGAUAUUAUCAUCAAGAUUCACAUGUUGGUAAAUAUGUUCCAAUUAGCGAUGGACUCCUUGCAAAACCCUAGUUUGGAAGACCCCCAUAGUGAGCCUCCUUCACCUGUACAACAAGGGGACACAUUAAGUACAGGACAGUGGUCUGCAGUUUUGGAAAGCGACUCCACUCUGGCUUCUUUCAUCAUGAUGCUGGAUAUUAUUGCAAAGCAGAUUAAACUACAAUACGAAGGUGAAGAGAGAGUUUCAAACGCCUUGGAACGGCAGGGUGUUAAACGUCUCUUGGAGUACAUGUUAGACGUGCCUUGGGUUGGCACCCACGAUCAUACUGGACCAUGCAGCCAUUGCCAGAUGACAGCCAUGUGGUUUCAACUUGCUCAUUCCCUUAUGGACAGGGUAUUUGCUAAGCAACGUGUGCUGAAUCCUGUCGAAGCUGGACGGAGUUUUGGUAGUGUGGCUCGAAAUGAAAGCUUGAUGCACAACAGGAGCUCAAUAAGAAGUGAGAGAAACAAUAUUCGAUCAGACGUCGAGGAUGCGGACACAGUCGCGUCAGAACAAGGGGGAAGUGUCAGGACAAACGGACAAGUGGAUGAAACGUUGUCCCAGAUGACAGACAGUGUCUUUGAGGCAGGGGGUAGCGUGCACACUAAAGGAUCAAAUAGGAGCUCAAGUGCUAGCAUGGGAUCAUCAAUUUCAUUUGAAAGUGCUGUAGAUAGGGGUCCUCACAUUCGAUUUUUGCUUGGAGUUUUAAAGGAGCUUCCUAAGCAAGAGGACUUAGUGGUUGUGUUACAUCUGGUAAAAUGUUUGUAUGUGAUGUGUUUACAUGGCGAUUAUUUAAGAAUCGCUGCAGAGGAAGAUGGAGAUAUAUUACCUUAUUUACAAGAAGUUUUUCUUAUUCCAAAUCUCUGGAGGUUAUUAAAAUGUGAUCGUUCUGAGUUAUGUGAGGUUUGCGUUCCAUUACUGCUUCACUGCAUCUGUCUGCCGUGUGGUGCUGAGUCUUUGGUCAAUGAAGUUGAAUCCACUUUUGCCAACAAGGACUGGAGGAUACGAUUUGACGGUGUAUCAAAGGUGGUAGUGAUUGCACGAUAUAUCCAAAAUGAAAUUCUCUUCAACGAUCUUGCCCGCUCAUCUCUGGCCCUCAGCUUCGCCUAUCUCGUUGGUGCUAUAGAAGACCUCUCAAACUCAGUCUCCCUUCACGUGACUGUGAUGCUCGAGACAAUUCAUCCUGAUAGUUUAUUAGUCAUGUAUGAAAGCCUUGUGACGCAAUUUGACAAGUUUCCCACCGACAGACUUCUCAUAAUACACACGUUCAGGCUGCUACACAAUGCUCUUCCCAAGCGGACGCCUUUAUCAGGGCAUUUUUUUCUACGACGAUUCACGCAACUAUUCGUGGAAAAGACGUCAUUAGUUGCCAGUCCUCAUCCCGCACGGUCGCUGAGCAGACAGGGAAAUAUGAGUGAUAAGUCUCACACUUCCAUGACGUCAAACAUUGAACAGACCAGGAAAAUUGGAAAAGGUAAUCCUGGCGUUAAUCGUUACAUGCCUACUCCGACGUCCACUAGCGCAGGCAAUACUAUUACAAUAUGUCCCAAUGUUGGUCGAUUAGCUUAUGGUCGAUCCAAUUCAUUGCCUGUCAACCGCUGUGGCUACUCUCUCAACUACGAAAGAUGCACUUUGACUAGGCAACUCUCAAGCCCAUUAGAAGACCCUAGGCGGUUCAAGUUUGAUCCAUCCCAGAUUGAAUCUGUUGAUCAGAUGUUACUGGGCGCGAAGAUUGCUCAAACCAGCCUUUCUCCUGUUGCUGAAGAAAGUGUAGAUGGUGCAGAACAACAGUCUACGUUCCCUGAACAUGCCGAUAAAACUCUGGAAAGGAGCUCAUCUGGUGCGAGCGAGGACGAGGUCAUUCAUCAACUUGUUACGUUACUUUGCGAGUUCAUGAGUAAUCCCAGGAAUGAUAACGAGUUUGGUCGGACUCAAGAAUACGUCAUCAGCCAAAUAAAACAUCAUGUUGGACUACAAAUGGGGUAUAAUGUCACCGCUAUAGGAGAAUUUACUGGUAGUCCCGGGAGAUUGAGAUCUACCCCAGUAUUUAGUGCAUUUAUAGCUGGCAUUCCUCACGUAUUAGACAGAAAUCCUGAUUGGGGCAAGGAGUUACUGCCCUUAACACUUCAACUGUUGUUGUUCUGCCCUGCUCCGGAGGUUGUCAACAAAAGUCGUAAACCGAACUACACCUUGGGCAUACUGGAAACGCAUGUCAGACAUUCAUGGCUUAUGACAUUAUUGAUAUAUUUGUACAAGUACGAGAUCGAUAAUCACAAAGAGCUCACUAAGAAUCUUGUUCAAAUUGUUAUGAACACAGUGAACGUUCAAAAUCACGAAUGCUCUGACGAGUAUGCGCAAAAAGUCGGUCGCAGCUUAUCUGGCGCUGAUGAGGACGACCUACCCGCACCCAGGCACCAACCGUCAGCACGACGCGGAACAUUAGCUGCGAUAUUUGGAUCAGGGGGGAGCGAAACAAGCGCAACUGUUUCGCCCUCGGAGAGCGAGCCUAUAAAUGGAGUGCGGCGAAAAGAACAUGAACUCCGAUCAUCAAGCUCCAGCUCACUGCAGGCUCAAAUGUCUGUAGCCUCCCCAGACCCCUCGUCAUUUGGUAUUGGUCAAUUGAUGUACAAUCUGAACAAGCAAUCUUUAGGGGAAGACGAUUCACAAUCAGAUGCAAGCCCAAUCUUAGGUUCAGGCAACGAGGACUCGCCUUUCAUCCAAACACCGGUAUUCGGUGACCAAUCAAAAAGAGGGGCUGUGGAGACAGAGAUCAAUAAGGUUGCUUCAGAGAUUACGAAAGAGUUUGAAGUCCCGAGCGGUCAAGAAGACGCAGUUAAUUCGCCUUCAGCCAGCGGUUCCACGCCUAACGCUGCCGCCGGAAAUGUUGCUGAGCCGCUGGAUACUUUUAACGUAUUCGAAUUUUGUCCCGAAUGUGGUCUGCGCCUGGAACAAUUUGACGAGGAGACUAUCAACAUGUGUAUUAUUGUGCUAUCCACGUUUGUACAUAGAUAUCCAUCUGUAUCCACUCCUUGGUUGUUGAAGAUAUUACUUUGUGUGGGAAGGAAAGUGGUGAAACCAGUUUAUCAUUGGCAAGCUAAAAGGAACACCAUCACACCUUUAUCGAGCGUGGAGAUUGCAAAACAAUUUUUGCGAUGCGUAUUGAUCCAGUUUGCACCAAAUGGACUAUUUGCUGAGUUUUUUAGAACGCCAAUUGAAGAUCCAACAAUAUUUCCUGCCAUUGCAACAGCUUUGAGUGAUUUCCCGCAGUUCAAUCAAAUGGGACCAAUUGCCUAUCUCUUGAUGGGUAUCUGUUCAAAAACCAUACCAGAUCGUCUUCAAAUUUUGUUGCCCAAUAUGGCGGCCUAUUUGGGCAAUGUCAAUAAACAACCUGUGGAAAUGUGGAAGGGACAACUUUCAAAGUUUAUCAGAUUUUUCCAAAAACUUCCACCAUUUCUUCCCAAGAAUUAUGAUGCUACCCCAGUGUUGUGUAUAAUGUUGUCAUUUAUUAGUGCCGCUAAUUCAUCAUUUAAGGAGCUCCUCGAACCAUUUGGUAACGUGUUGCUGAAAAUUCUGCGGGAUUGUUCAUUUGAGUUAACACGGCUGAUGGAACUUUGUGCCAAGUGUAAUGAUGUAUUCAGCAAGGAACGGAAUAAGCUGUACCUUACCAAGUUGAUUUUGCAAGAGAUUUUCCUAGUUUUUAGAUUCAAGUCCUCUCUACCUGAAAAAACCAUCCGAUAUUUAAUGCAGUUUCUUUGUUUUGAUGCUGGUACACGUUUUUUGUAUCCUGUUGAAGGCGAUGAUCUGUACAUUGAUCUUCCACCAUCGGCACGAACUCAUGCAAUGGAUAAUUUUCAACAUCACAUUAUUGAAGCCUUGGAUUUUAUUAAAGAUUGGAAUUUUACAGGACGAAAGAGAAAGGAUGUUCACAAUGAUUGGGAAGAACCAGAUCUUGGCAUGGGAUGCUUAGGAGUCCAUCUCAAAGCAACAAUCUCUCAGUUGUGGGCAAUUACAUUAACUGAACCGUCGAAAGCAAAUAAAAUGUACAAUAAAACGUUAGCUUGGUUAAAGGCACCUCCUUCCGCCACUCAACUUAGUCGUGUGACACUCCACGAAUGUGAUACAAAUAUUCGUCUUCUCUCUUGGCUUCUCAUUGGUUCCCUUUCUCAUGCAAUCAAUUUCCCGGAUGCCUAUAUAAAAUCAUGCCCUGUGAAGAUGAAUGAAAGUUCCCAUAUCACAGACUUUGUUUUGAUUAUUCUUGCCAAUUUUGCUGACAAUUCGCAGGAUAAUACUCUUGGAAUCUCAGCUCUGUUUAACGCUUUUAACCUUUGUUUGUUAUGGACGUUAUACUGUGAACAUCAGUUUCAUAGUGAAGACCAGGAGAUGGUGGAUAGUUCACUAACUGUUAUCAUGGAAUUCUGGGCAAGAGUGACUCCUGGGAUAUUGCAUCUAUUGCAACAUACAAAAGAGUUCAAAAACACAGUUGGGGAACAGUUUUCUCAUAUCCUCAACACAUUAGCGGAUUGGAAUUCGGCCACUUUACCAAAGUUGCUUCCACUUUGGUCGUCUGUGUUGAACACAUGCGGAGUAAAGGUAAACGAUAGAGUAUACUCGCGCAGCUAUGGACCGCGUGAUAAAAAGACGUUGUUUCAUUGGCUGAAACAAAACCAGUUGAGUAUGGCAAGAACUGAACAGGCAACUGUGUCCAGUUUUCGCGUUUAAAGUAACUUCAAAAAUGGAUACAUGUCGGCUAAUAAAUAUGAACAGUGGU